UUGGUUGUUUUCGAGAAAUAAAAAUAACAUCUAUUGCUUGUUUAUGCUCAGUAUAAAUGCAUUAUUAUGGUAAUUAACAUAUACGUCCAAAUUUAGCCAGUUUACUAUGACAGGCGGUUUACAAUCUAACGUGUGUAUUUAUUUCGUUGGCAUAGGCGUUGCUCAUAUUAAAAUGGUGGAUACUGGCGUCUGACUGAAGUCAAGACAGGGAAGCAUACGGUGCGCUAAGGGACUAUGGCUCCGGGAGACGCAGCCUCCAGCGGAGAGCUAUUGGGUUUGGAACCGAACAUGGACGCUUCACCGGGAUCGAUGUCCGCACUCGCGGUAAAGUUGGUCUCGCUGGCGGUACUGUUGUGCGCCACACUACUAUGCGGUUUUGCCCCGCUGUGUGCCGGAGUACCAGGGAGAUGCAACGCAAAUCCUGCUGCACGGCGCGAAGCACAGCGUUUGGUGAGCUGUUUCGCGGGCGGGGUUUUCCUGGCCACCUGUCUCCUGGACCUGGUGCCUGACUACCUGAAGGGAAUCAACAAAGCCUUUGACACUGUGGGGAUCACACUGAAGUUCCCCCUGCCAGAAUUCAUCAUGGCCAUGGGCUUCUUCCUGGUGCUGGUGAUGGAGCAGAUUGUCCUGGCCUACAAGGACAAAUCAGGUGGCUUGACAGAUGAGAGACGGGCACUUUUGGUGGAGCCCAGCAUCCAUUCACACGAGAAGGACAAGGGGGGGCGCUCCCACCUGCGCUCUCCCAUUGGCCAGGCCGGGGAGGAGUCGGGCAGCGGGGGCGGGGGAGGGUCCGACGGGGAGGGCGUGCACCUCCACGUGGACUUCAACUCCCACUCGGCCAUCCGCUCCUUCAUCCUGGUGUUUUCACUGUCGCUGCACUCGGUGUUGGAGGGGCUGGCGGUGGGGCUGCAGCGGGAUGGCCAGCGGGUGCUGGAGAUAAGCACCGCCCUGCUGCUGCAUAAGGGCGUCAUCGCCUUCAGCCUGUCGCUGAAGCUGAGGCAGGCCCGGCUGCGCCGCGCGGCGGUGGCCGGCUGCCUCCUGCUCUUCUCCCUCACGUCCCCGCUGGGCGUGGGCGUGGGAAUAGCCCUGACCGAGAUGCCCGCCACGCCCCAGCAUCGGCUGUCCUGCUCCACCCUGGAGGGCCUGGCCGCCGGCACCUUCCUCUACAUCACCUUCAUGGAGAUCCUGCCCCACGAGCUGGGCUCGCCCCAGAGCCGCAUCCCCAGGCUGGUGCUCCUGCUCACCGGCUUCGCCACCGUCACCGGGUUUCUGUUCAUCAAGCUGUAGGGCGCCACCUGGUGGGCAGGAAUGGAAGAGGCCAACAAGCUGGAAUGCACUUUUUUGUGGUUGUCACGACUGUGUGAUGGAAUACCUUUUGUUCUCAACAGACGAGUGUCAAUCAAAUUUAAUUUAACGAUUUGACUUAUGUACGCAAACUCAAAUUGAAAUCCAAAUUAUUUUUUUAAAGAUAAUACAGAAUUCUUCAAUAUUUUCCUCCAAUACAGAAUAAACUAUACAAAAUCCUCGCUCACUUUUGGCCACUUCGGGGGGUUGUUAUUGCCAGUAAAUCCUCUACCUCCGUUUUUAAUAUUGAAGGAAAGAAGCUGUGAGUACAUAAAUCUGGCUUCCUAAAUGUAAUAUAUCAGUCAGAUCCUGUUCAAAUUAGGUGGCUUUCUAGGUGUCAGAUAAAAUCCCAGAAAGUCAAUUGCUUUUUAAAUACUACUGAGAGAAGGACUGGAUGCUUCAGCGUCUGCCUCACCGACAGAUGAACACAUGUCAUAUUCAAUCACAGCCUAGCAAAGUAACCAGUAAGUAAAGAAGCACUCUCUACUCAAAGGGAUUGAAAGUUCUUUCUAAAAUGAGUGGUUCAAAAUGUGCCCUGUUGUAGCUGUAGAGCUGCAGUGUGGUCAAAUAAAUAUAAUUCAUGUGUCCCCCAAACUGAACUACCACAUGGUAUGAACAUGUCAGCAUGCUAUAAUUUUAUAUUAAAGACUUAUUUUUUU